AUGCUAACCCGAGUUCCGCCUUUUGGACGUCGACGCGCCGCGGCCAUCCGCUUCUGCGCGGUCCCACCUUGCUUCUCGACCUCCUCGUCGUCCUGCCCAUCAGUCGUUCCGUGUGCAGACACAUUGCGCACUCCGUCGCAGCUGCACAUCAUGCCGGCGUCGUCAGCGGCCCCAGUUGCAGCAGCCGACAAGGCCACCAACAACGACACCACCAAGGCCGCCGACUCUACACCUCACACGCCCAAGGAUGCCUCAUCUACGCCCCUGCCCACCGCCUCGACCUCGACAGGAGGAUCAGCAACUGCUGCUGCUGCUGCUGCAAACGAUGCGGCUGGGGGCGUGUUCAGCAAUCCUGACAUGACCGCCGCCGUACUCGCCUACCUCCAGAAACGCGGCUUUGAUCGCGUCGAAGCCGCCUUCAAGGCAGAGCUCGAUGCACUCGCUUCCGGCGGCACGCCAGAGCAGGCUGCCGCGGCUGCCGCAGAUACACUCGGUCGCUCGCCAACAGUAGGCUUGGAAGAUCUCGCUGCCAAAAACGCCCCGCGUACGACCAACGACAAGGACGGCGACAAGGACAAGGAUGCAAAUACGAACGCCGCCGCCGCCGCCGCCGACGCCGACCUCACCAUCGCAGAGGACGGCGGAGUCUCGGCCGCAGCCGCACAGGCUCUGCUCCUGGAUCCCACCGAUCGCGCCCGUGGCUUCGCCAUGCUCAAGCAGUGGUGUCACGGCAGUCUCGACAUCUACCAGCCCGAGCUUCUGCCCAUCCUCCUCCCGCUCUUCGUCCACUCCUUCCUCGACCUCGUCCUGCUUGGACACGGCCCGGCCGCCUCGGCGCUCUACUCUGCGCACGCCGCCUCUUUCCUGCCAACCCACACGGCGCUGCUCUCCCAGAUCCGCUCGCUCGCCCUCCCCUCGCACAUCCAGACCGACGCGCUCGCCCAGCGCUUCCGCUCCGAACGAUACGUCGUCAAGAUGUCCAACACUGUAUUCAGCCUGCUGCUCGGCUGGCUCACCGACGGAGGCGGGCCCGUCUCGGGCUCCAUCGGCGGUCUCGAGGAGGCGGAGGCACCCGCAAGGCGUGGCAGAGAGGCCAUGCUCAAGAUCAUCAACGAGCGCUGCCGAAUCCAGGUGCUCGCCGCCCAGCCUUACCAGAUCGAUGCAGCCGUCCUCGAGGAAGGCACCGGUCUCACCGGCGCCGGUCCCACCUACUCGAGCCUCUCUGCCAGCGCCGCAGGUCGCAGCCGCAUUCACUCGGCCCUCUCCAAGAACGCCAUCUCGCACGGCGACGCCCUCGCCGAGUUCAACGCAAAAGCAGCCGGACCGCAGCUCAAGCUGCAUCCCUCCGUACCGCUCAACGAGCGCCUGGAGAACGAGGUGCAGAAGGAGCUCACCGAAGUCGAGCGCCGCGAAAAGGAGACGAUCGCUGCCGUGCAGGCAGACGAGGCCAAGACCAAGGAUGCAGAUGCGGCGGGCACCAGCGGUGCAGGUGCGGCCACGUUGCAGGCAGGUGUGGAAGCCGGCGCCGUGGAGCAGCAGCAGCAGCAGGACGGAGAUACAACCAUGCAGGAUGCGAGCACUACCGAGCGCGGCGGCGACGACCAGGACAGCUCGAGUCGUGCGAGGACCGCAUCCGUGCGACCGUCGGAAGCGACAUCGAGUGCGGCUGCAGCUGCGACCGAAGUCGUCAAGCUGGCCGGCGCCACGGGUCCCGACUUUUCGGCAGGGCUGCUGGCGGCGGGCAUCGACGAUCUUCCGCCUCAGGCGCCCACGUUCCGGACGGUGGAUGUGAAGCGCGAAGUGCAGCGCAUCCGCGAUGCGCGCAAACGCAUCCGUCUGGAUCCUUCGCUCGCGACGUCCGGCGCGGCGACGUUCACGUCGGGCGUGCGCGAUGCGGCGGUGAAUGCGCUGGGCGAGUCGGGUGCCAAUGCGGCGCGCGUGGCGGCGCUGCCGUCGGUGUGCGCCUACACCUUCCACGAUGCCGACGACGGCAUAACGUGCUCGACGUUCUCGAGCGACAUCACCAUGAUGGCCGCCGGCUUCGAAGAGUCGUUUGUGCAGAUCUGGUCGCUCAAGGGCGAAAAGCUGCGGGCGGUGCGCGGCAACCCCAACCUGUCGUCGAUCCGCGACAGCAAGUCGCUCGCGCGCCAACGCGAGGCAGAGGCCUACUCGACACGUCGGCUCAUCGGUCACUCGGGCCCCGUGUACGGCGUGGACUUUGAUCCCGUCGGUGGCUCGGCGUCGGCGCCGCGUCAUCUGCUCAGCUGCUCGGCAGACGCAACCGCGCGACUGUGGAGCCUAGACACGUACAGCGCGCUGGUGGCGUAUCGGGGUCAUCAGCACCCCGUGUGGGAUGUAAAGUGGAGUCCGCUCGGCACGUACUUUGCCACGGCCAGUGCGGACAAGACGGCGCGGCUGUGGAGUACGGAGCGGGUGAAUCCGCUGCGCAUGUAUGCGGGCCAUCUAUCGGACGUCGACUGCCUCACGUUCCAUCCGAACAGUCUGUACCUUGCCACGGGCUCGUCGGAUCGCAGUUGUCGACUGUGGGACGUUCAGCGCGGUGCGUGCGUGCGGCUGUUUGUGGGGCAUCAGUCUCCGAUCUCGUGCGUGCGAAUCAGCCCGGACGGUCGCUACCUCGCGUCUGCGGCUGCGGGCAACGGAACAGCAGCGCAGUUCGGCGGAGUGGACGGCAUGGAUCCCACUUCGCAGGGGGCGCACAUGAACGACACGUCGAUCUCGCUGUGGGAUCUGGCGAGCGGACGCAGGAUCAAAAAGAUGUGGGGCCACUCGGAGCGCGUCUACUCGAUGGACUUUUCCGCCGACGGAUCGCUGCUCGUCACGGGCAGUCAGGACUGCAGCGUGCGAUGCUGGGACGUGAGGGCGGUGGGAGGCGCGCGAAAGACGCCGUCCAAGGGAUCGCUGGAAGCACAACAGGCCAGCGCAGCAGCAGCAGCGGCAGCGGCCAUGGCGACAUCGGCAGGCGCACCGCCAAGUGUCGAGCAGCUCAGCAACGGCUCGCUCGCCAGCGCGGCGCUGGCAGCAAGCCAGAUGGGCGCCGACCUGGCCAACGCAAGUGCCGACUGCGUCGCCACCUUCCACACCAAAAAGACGCCCGUGUUGGACGUCCACUUUACCCCGCGCAACCUCUGCCUCGUCGCCGGCGUCUACGCCGACUAG